AGCACACCAAUGGAGACAACAGUGCUGAAUGUACGAAAUCUAUUUGAUCAAUUCGUGUGCCAAACAGAAAUUCUAAAUGAAGGCAAUGAAUACAAAUUUAUCCAGCUGGCCAAGAACUUUGAAGAGUUCAGGAGAAAGUGGCAGAAAAUGGAUCAUGAGGUGGCCAGGUACAAAGAUCUUUUGAUGAAAACAGAAACUGAGCGUAGUGCCCUGGAUGUGAAGCUGAAACAUGCCCGAAACCAAGUGGACGUGGAGAUCAAACGGAGACAGCGAGCUGAAGCAGACUGUGAAAAGCUGGAGCGGCAGAUCCAGUUGAUCAGAGAGCUUCUCAUGUGUGAUUCAUCAGGCAGUAUUCAACUGAGUGAAGAACAGAAAUCUGCACUGGCUUUCCUAAACAGGCCUCAAGCUUCCAUUGGUGGGAGCAAAAGACUGUCAACAAUAGAUGAAUCUGGUUCAAAUUUAUCUGACAUCAGUUUUGACAAGACCGAUGAAUCACUGGAUUGGGAUUCCACAUUGGUAAAGACUGUCAGGUUAAAGAAAAGAGAGAAAAGGCGCUCAUCUAGGCAGUAUAUAGAAGGCCCACCUGGUCCUUUGAAGAAAACGCGUUCCAUUGGCUCUACCGUGGACCAAGGAAACGAAUCAAUAGUUGCAAAAACAACCCUCAUGGUACCUAAUGAUGGAGGCCCAAUUGAAGCAAUCUCCACCAUUGAGACUAUACCUUGCUAUGUCGGGAGCCGUAGAAAGGCAGCCAUUCUACAGCCUUGGAACAGUGACUCAAGCUUGGGAAGCAGGAAGCUAGAAAACAGAUCUGAAACAGAUGGAUUAAGCACUCCUGGAAGCACUGGAAUGAGACUACAUGAAUUUGUAUCAAAAACGGUUAUUAAACCAGAGUCAUGUGUUCCAUGUGGCAAACGAAUAAAGUUUGGGAAGAUGUCCCUGAAGUGCAGAGACUGUCGGGUUGUGACACAUCCAGAAUGUCGAGACCGUUGCCCCCUGCCCUGCAUCCCUACCUUAGCAGGAACCCCUGUCAGAAUUGGAGAGGGAGCCCUCAUGGAUUUUGUUUCUCUGACUCCUCCAAUGAUCCCCUCCAUUGUAGUUCACUGUGUGAAUGAGAUUGAGCAGCGAGGGCUGCAUGAGACAGGCCUCUACCGAAUUUCUGGCUGUGACCGCACAGUGAAAGACUUGAAGGAGAAGUUCCUUCGAGGGAAAACUGUGCCCCUGCUUAGCAAGGUGGACGAUAUCCAUGCUGUAUGUGGCCUCCUUAAAGACUUCUUCCGCAACCUUAAGGAGCCCCUUCUCACUUUCCGUCUGAACAAGACGUUUAUGGAGGCAGCAGAAAUCGUGGAUGAAGACAAUAGUGUGGCAGCCAUGUAUCAAACUGUUGGGGAGCUCCCCCAGGCUAACAGGGAUACCCUGGCUUUCCUCAUGAUACACCUCCAGAGAGUGGCUCAGAGUCCAGAUACCAAAAUGGAUGUUUCCAACCUGACCAAAGUCUUUGGGCCUACAAUUGUUGGUCAUGCUGUGCCGGAUCCUGAUCCAAUGACACUACUCCAAGACACAAAAAGGCAACCCAAGGUUGUGGAGCGGCUGAUCUGCUUGCCUCUGGAAUACUGGAGUCAAUUCAUGAUGGUGGAGCAGGAAAACACUGAGCCAGCACAUAUCAUCGAAAACUCAAAUGCCUACUCCACACCUUGCACACCAGAUGUGAAAGUGAGCAUGUUGGGGCCACUCACCACUCCAGAGCAACAACUGGUGAAGACUCCUUCAAGCAGCUCGCUGUCCCAGAAGGUCAGGUCUACAUUCAGCAAAACGACUCCAAAAUUUGCAAGCAAAAGCAAGUCUGCAACCAGUCUUGGACGGCAGGGCAACUUUUUUGCUUCUCCAAUGUUGAAAUGAAGCACGGCUUUGUCCUGAACAUCUACUUACAAUCCAAUUCUGAACGGCUACAUUAAAAUCCAAAGUUGCUCCUUCACGCUUCCUGGCAGCAUUGUGUACUAGGAUCAGCUGUAGAAGUCUUUUUUUUUUUAAAGUUUAACUGAGACUUUUAUUUGAAUUUUAUUGUCCAAUGUAAAGUACCUAGUGCCAUAUCACAUCUAUUGUAGGGAAAUAACUGGCAGAACCCACUCAGCAUGUUAGUAGGGAAACUGCAAGAAGUUGUUUUUGAAAACGUUUUCUGUAGCUGGGAAGUUGCCUCCAUCUGUUCAAAAUACCCCAUUAUUGUUUCAUUUGUGUGUUGUGGUUAGAAAGGAGAAAAUGCAUUUUGCACCAGCAGUAAUCUUUAUUUCAAAGAACAGCCAUAAUCCUUGGGGAAAUGAGUGCUGAUCCAUUGUAUAGGGAAAUUAUGCAUGUUGAAACUACAUUUACACGCUUUUGGUUAGUCUGUUUUUAGUGAACCCAAUGAACUUUUUUCUUAGAACUUGAUCAUUUGAAAAAUUCUUAGAACUUGGUCAUUUGAAAAAUUGAAACCCAGUGUUCCAUUAGUGCACACGAAUUGCUGUACAUUUGCAGUUCUCCCUUGUGUACCAGAGAGGCACAGAAUAAAUCUGAUAAUUAAUUCACUAUCUUAACUUUACAGCCACUUUCAUCUCCAGUCUUCAGAAACCUAGCAAAGAUUAUAAACCCUUCUGCAAGAUGCAUUUUUAAUGGGCCUCCUCAGUUGUUAGAAGAUGAAUGUGCUAUUUGUUUAUGAGAUGCAAUGG